AUGUAUAUUGAUAGUUUUGAUCCUAAAGAUAGAAUGACUUUCAGUACAAGAUUCAUGAUUACCAAAGUAAGACCAAUAUCGAUUAUAUUUUGGAGAAUGAAAGUAUUCUUUUAUCACAUCAGAUUUUGGAUUUCAAGCAGAGUUGGAUGGAUCGGUAUCAUACCCAGAAAGAUAAAUGGUUCUGUCUUAUAUAAAUUGAAGAGCAAAAAGGCAUCGACCAUAGAAACAACAUUUCCACAAGAUCAGACACCUUCAACUAAUUUUGGUGAUAUAUUUCCUUAUGAGAUUUGGGAUAGAAUUACAGACUUUCAAAUAGCUGAUCGUUGUACUUUAACAAGAUUGAACAGAGCUUUCUAUAAUGAGUUUUCUCAUAAAAUUUAUAAAGAUUAUAGUAAUAUUCAAAUCCUUUUAGUUCUAAGCUCAACGAACAAGAUGAAAGAUAACGAUGCAUGUUUUUUGAAAUAUGGUCCAGAUUUCCCUCAUAAAUGGUAUGAUGGGUAUCAGAUUUAUUUGAGGAAUAAAGAGUCAGAAAAGUUUGAGUAUGAAUUUCUGGAAGUGAAAACUUACAGGAAAUAUUUCGAAGAGGCUACAUGUGCUUUACCUAAGAUGAUAAUAUCACCAGAGAGAGUUAUGUUUCUGUUGAAUACAAUCAUGAAAAGAUCUGGGUCACUAUUGAAAAAACAAAUCAAAAGAAUGUCGAUAGAUAUUUCUAUCUUGACUGGUUAUCAUGACUUAUUCAAUUGUUAUGAUAGCCCUAUCAAAUCCCAGAUGGAUAAAGUAUCCCAGAACCCAAACUUAAGCAUUUUAAAUAUUGAAAGUCCAGAGUUAUAUUCAUUAGAUGUACAUGAUUACUUUGAUGGAUGUAGAUGGGAAAAUGAUGGAAUCCUAACUAGCUGGGAAAGGUUUGACGUGGAAGCUUGGAAAUCAUCAAACAUGAAGUUCCCAGGAAUGGUUUAUUUCAAAGAACUUGCGCACCUUUCUGCGUUAUUUUACUCUUAUAGGGAUAGUGGAAGAUUAAAAAUGUUUUCCGUAAAAGAUUCUGGGAGUUUUCAAGAUCAUAAUUCGAUGAACAAUCACUCGAUGUAUUACGAAGAUAUUCAUGAUUUGACGGUUUUUAGUUUUUAUGAUGAGAUAGCCCGGUUUGCAGCUUAUCAAUCAUACUUUAUAGAUAUCGUAAAAAGACAGUUCAAGACUAAAUCAGAGACACAAAACAUCAUUACAAAAGUCAUAGACACAGUAUCUUGUAUAAGAGAAGGUGACCCAGAUGUGUCAUUAUUCAUUAAUGGGAUUGAACCAGUACGGAGUGGAAUUGAGCACCAAAAUUCUAAAAGCACUUUUGGAACUUUAUCAACUUUUAAAUCUCAAAUGACUUUAUUGAAUAGAAGACGUGCAGAUAACUGA